GAGCCAGAUCAUGGACCAGAAGUGCAUCCUCUGCGACUGCGCACAAACGGCGGAAAUAAGAAGCAUUUUCCACACCGGUCAGUCAGACCAAAACAACUGCUGAGGGUGCUAGGUACUAGCUUUUGCUGAAGAGACUUCACUAGAGUAAGAAAGAGGACUGGAUGAAAUGCAUGGCUGUGCUAGCAUGUGUGCGUUGCGAGCUUUUUACAAAUUACACAGGUUCUCCAAACCUCUUUCCAAAAUGACCAUCCAAAGUAAAUGUGUGAUGCCUGCCCGAACUUGUUCCCAGAUACAAAACUUGUACACAAUGAGAUGGGACCUCUCGCCUGAACAGAUUAAAAAACAAACUGAUGACAUAAUCACAAGAAUAAGCAAGAUUUACAAUGAAAUUGGAUCUCUUAAGAUCGAAGAUGUGUGUAUUGAGAACACCUUGAAACCAUUAGCUAUGGCUAAAUUUGAUUUAGCAUCCUCCCGGCAUGUCCUUGAUUUCCCUCAAUAUGUGUGUCCUUCUAAAGACAUCAGAGAUGCAAGCACACAAGCUGACAAGAGGCUGUCCAAGUUUGAUGUGGAGAUAAAUAUGAGGGAAGAUGUUUUUAACAGACUUAUUGUCUUGCAGACCAAGUUCCAAAAUGAUCUCGGCCUUGAGGAAAAACGGUUUGUGGAUAGACUUGUUACACUUGGCAAACGCAGUGGGUUACACUUGGCUAAAGAUAUUCAAGAGAAUAUUAAAAUAAUUUCUAAAAGGAUUAGUGAACUUUCAAUUGAAUUUAACAAGAAUCUGAAUGAGGACAACACCUUUCUUGUAUUUACUGAGCGAGAAUUAAGUGGCCUUGCAGAAACAUAUAUCAAUGGACUGGAAAAGACGGUAGAUGGGCGGUAUAUAGUCACACUUAAAUAUCCUCAUUAUUUCCCCCUAAUGAAAAGGUGUCACAUUCCUGAGACACGUCGAAGGAUGGAGACAGCGUUCCAUAGUAGGUGUAAGGAGAUGAAUACAGAGAUCCUUGAAGAAUUAAUCAAACUAAGAGCUAAGGCAGCAGGCUUACUUGGAUAUAGUAGCCACGUAAACUUUGUGCUGGAAAUGAACAUGGCCAAGAAUGCCAGCAAUGUGUCUGACUUUCUUGAUGCAUUCUAUGAAAUGGUGAAGCCCAUCGGAAACAAAGAGAGAAAAUAUAUUCUUUCAUUAAAGAAAAGGGAGUGUUUAAUGAAGGGCUACAACUACGAUGGACAAAUUAAUGCAUGGGACCUGCCCUAUUAUAUGAAUCAAGUGGAAGAGUUCAAGUUUGCUGUGAACAAGGACAAGUUAAUUGAAUAUUUCCCACUAGAUGUGGUGACAGAAGGACUGUUUGGUAUUUACCAGGAGCUUCUGGGCCUCACAUUCACUGAGAUCCAACAUGCACAUGUGUGGCAUGAAAAUGUCAAGCUCUUUUCAGCACAAGACACUCAGAGUGGAGAGGAGAUUGGUCAGUUUUACUUGGACCUGCAUCCAAGAGAAGGGAAGUAUGGACAUGCAGCCUGCUUUGGCUUGAGGCCGGGUUGUACGAGACCUGAUGACAAACGGCAGAUUCCAGUGGCAGCCAUGAUUGCUAACUUUACCAAACCCAGAAGAGGCUGGCCCUCGCUCCUUCAACAUCACGAAGUGGAGACAUACUUCCAUGAGUUUGGCCAUGUUAUGCAUGAAUUAUGCUCUAAGACCAAGUUUUCAGAAUUUAGUGGGACGCAAGUGGAGAUGGAUUUUGUAGAGGUACCUUCACAAAUGCUCGAGAACUGGGUGUGGGAGAAGGAGCCUCUGAGAAGAUUGUCUCGCCAUUACAAAGAUGGAAGCCCAAUCCCAGAUAAUUUACUGGAUAAACUUAUUUCUUCUAGAGUAGCAAACACUGGAUUGAUGAAUCUACGUCAGGUUGUUUUGAGUAAGGUGGAUCAGUAUCUUCACCAUAACCCUGGUGCAAAAACUGCAGAUGUCUUUGCAAAGUACUGCCAGGAGAUUCUUGGUGUUCCAGCAACACCAGGUACUAACAUGACAGCCAGUUUUAGCCACUUGGCUGGAGGCUAUGAUGCUCAAUAUUACAGCUACCUGUGGAGUGAGGUCUACUCCAUGGAUAUAUACUUCAGUCGUUUUAAAAAAGAAGGAAUCAUGAAUUCAAAGGUUGGUGAAGAGUACAGAAGGAUUAUUUUGGAAGCUGGUGGUUCUGUGGAUGGGAUGGAUAUGCUGAAAACAUUUCUUGGACGUGCUCCUUGUCAAGAUGCAUUUUUCCAGUGUAAAGGUCUUGUGCCAUCUUUGUGACAUCAUAAAACAUCUGCCAUGAAAUAGUAUUAACAAUAUUUAAGUAUUUUCCAGAGAAGCUUGUAUAUGCAUAUAUAGAUGCAGAUAUAGACAAAAAGGGUUCCUCAGCUUUCAUGUUGGUUGGUCCCUCUCACCCUCAUGGGGGCUGUUUAGUGUCUUCGUAGUACUGCACUCUUCUGAAUUGAGAUGUCUGAUAUUUUUCCUGGAAUCUGCUGUAACCACUCCUCUAGUUUGGGGCUUACAGCCCCGAGUGCUCUGAUCACCAUGCGCACAUGCCUUCACCUUCCAGGCUUUCUCCAGCUCUUGAGCCCCUGGUACUUCUCCAGUUUCUCAUGUUCCAUUUUCCUGAUAUUACCAUCAUUUGGUAUUGCAAUGACCACCACCAUGGCUUUGUUCUAUUUCUUUGUUUUUGUUAAUAUAUUUGGAAAUGUUCUUAUUUUAUUAUGUAAUGUAUAUUUUUUGUAGGUUUUGUAGAAAUAAAGAACAUCUAAUGAAA